AUGGGCACUGUUGAAGAAGUUCAAGAGGCAGAAGAGGGCCAUGCUGAAACUGGAGGCGAAAGGGCGGGUGAAGGAGACGCGACAUUGGGACCAAAUGGACAUGCGCCGGAGAACCCUCAACCAGUUUUCCUCGAAUACCUCAAAUCACCUAUUGUUCAGCUUGUGAUCGGUAGCGGCGACGAAGAGACAACCUUAACCGCCCACAAAUCCAUUCUUACGGCGUCGUCAUAUUUCAACGAGCAACUCUCAUCUCUGUCCGACGACGAUGACCUCACUCUUAGCCUUCCGGACGAGUCACUGGAUGCAGUGGGCUGCUUCUUGCAGUAUCAAUACACCGGAGAAUACUUCCCAAGACUGAUGAAAGACAAGGAUGAAACCUACCUUGAACAUGACCCUACCGUUCCUGCUGUCGACGAUACUGGCGCGCAGCUUUUAAAACACGCUCGUGUCUACACUCUGGCUCGGAAACUCGGAUUGGACGACCUCAAGCUUCUGGCUCAUUCAAAGAUCCAUCGCAUCAAUUCGACAGCCGUGGGCGAGAUCGCAUAUGCAAGAUAUGUCUAUGGCAAUUCAUCCAUGGAUGACUCCGUCAUACGGAAGCCCGUCGCAGCAUUCUGGGCAACCCGUUCACAUAUUCUGCGUCACGAGGCCGAGGCGGAAUUCAAGGCCUUGUGCUUGGAGUUUCCACAAUUCGGUUUCGAUGUUUUGAGCUUGGUGCUGGAUCAGCGGGAAAAGAGACACAGACAUCGCGAGGAAGAGGGAGCCUCUGUUGGAAAAGCCAGGAAGAAAAUGAGACCAAGCGUCAACAUUUAG